UCGGCGCCUAUUGGCUGCUGCCUGGCGCGCCCCGGCGGGCGGGGAAGCUGAGCCGGCGGCCUCCGGCUGCGGCUCUCGGCGGUUGGGUGUUCCCGCGGUCGCCGGCGUUGCCUCCGCUCCUGCCGCUCGUCAGUAGCUGUCAGAGUGUGUGGUUCUCGUCCCUGGCUAUGGUUCCCACCUGGAAGCCACUGGGAAAGUUCUGCUAGGUCUGUGCUCCGGUAGGUUGAGAGAGAGCAAAUGGAAAGCCUGCCUGAUGCUGCCACCUUUUCGACUAAACUUAAAAACACGCUCAUCCAGUACCACAGCAUUGACAGCGAUCAGUGGCGUGUUGUGAAGAAAACGAAAGAUGUAACAGUUUGGAGAAAGCCCUCAGAAGAAUUUAAUGGAUAUCUCUACAAAGCCCAAGGUGUUAUAGAUGACGUUGUCAAUACCGUAGUCGACCAUAUCCGUCCAGGGCCCUGUCGCUUGAAUUGGGAUAGUUUAAUGACUUCACUGGAUAUUUUGAAGCACUUUGAAGAGAACUGCUGUGUGAUGCGUUACACGACUGCUGGCCAGCUUUGGAACAUCAUUUCUCCUAGAGAGUUUGUGGAUUUCUCCUACACUGUGGGCUAUAAAGAAGGACUUUUAUCUUGUGGGAUAAGUCUUGACUGGAGUGAAAAGAGACCAGAAUUUGUUCGUGGAUAUAACCAUCCUUGUGGCUGGUUUUGUGUUCCACUUAAGGAGAGUCCACACCAGAGCCUGCUGACAGGCUACAUUCAGACAGACCUGCGUGGGAUGGUUCCGCAGUCUGCGGUGGACACGGCCAUGGCAAGCACGCUUACCAACUUCUACGGAGACUUGCGGAAAGCCUUGCGGAACCCAUAGCAGGUUCACGUGUGUACUGCCAUGAUCCACCCCCCCCCCCCACCCCGUGUUGCUCUUUGUCUCAGCUGCAGGGCCUGUAAAAAUCUGUAUGGCCUGUAGACACAUUUGAGAUGUUUUCGGUAGUGAAGACUUUAUUCCUAAAGUAAACAGCCAUCUAGGAGAGGGCACUGUGACUUCCUCAGCUAAUUGUGUAUUGAUUGGCUUGCAGUGUGUCUAGGGAUGGAGAGUGACAGGAGUACACACGCUGGAGAUGUGGGUCUGUGACCACUUUUAAGGGACUGACAUUAGAGACAGCACAAGCUUCAUCGUGUUAGCUUAAAGUCAUCUGUGUUAGAGGCUUAUGAACAUUUCGCAAACUUUUGUUUUUGAAGUUAAAUAUCAGGGUUUUACUCUUGGUAGCGCCAAGUCUGCCCGUAUCUUGGAUAAAAGAAAAAGGCACUUCUCUGUAUUUUAUAAAGGUUAUCUUGGUGAUUGACUUGCACUACUGUGGAUGGACUUUUACUGCUUUGUUUUGAAAAGACCAAAAAUGAGAAAGAUACCAAAUGAGAAGGUAUCAGAUAACUGCAGGUACAAUUAAAUGCAAUUUAGUUUUGAUAACUGUAUAGCAACUUUUAAGGAUAUAUUUUAAAAUUUUUUUUUUAAUAUGCUUCUGUCUUAAACCAUUUAUGCAUCAAUACUAUAAUCCAAAAAGCUGCCGGGUGUGCCCUGGAGACAGCACAUUGGCUGCUGGGCUCUGAGGCGGCCGCAGGUACCAACAGUCAUCCCUAGAAAGUCUGGGUCAGCAGAGGCUGCGUGCGUGCUCUUGUCUGAUGUCACUCCUCUCAGAUGGCAUCGUGAGUAGUCCCAGUUGUCAUGGCACUCCAGUCUGGAACUGUACCAAGUGCGUUCUUAGAUGGGUCCGAGUGCCUAGUGGCCUUUUAUAAUUAUGGCUUGAAGGGGCUGUAAGGGGUUUCUUGGUUCCCUGGCUUCCUUAAAUGAACAUUCCAGGUGAUUCCUUGGCUUUUGAACUGCUGCCCACCUUGUAGUUUAUUUCUAAAAUGAGAAACUCAGUGCAUGUUAAGAAUGUCAGCAUUCAGUGUCACUGCUUCCACUGCCUCAUUGGUUUUUGGAGGCUAACAGGAGAUAAAGUGAGCUUGGACAAGUUCCUGGCAAACUCACAUUCUCCUUGUACCGAUGUGCUGGACUGGCCCCAGUGCAUGAUGGUCUGGGGUGUGUUCUGCUCUAUUCUGUUCUUCUGGUGAAAAUGAGAAUCUUUAGACCCAUUUUGACAAAGUGAAACUUUUUUUGACUACUGAAUAUGCUGGUGUUCUAACGAUCGUCUUAAGGACUAUUCUGGUUUUCGGCUUGAAAAAUAAUGUGUCGUAACAUCUGACAGAAGCAAUGCAGAAAGGAAUCUGUAUUUGUAGGUUCAUUGAUCACCAGUAUCCCUUUCUAAAUUGAGUAACUUCUUUUCUUCUGCACUGGGGAAAAAGUUUAUCAGUGUACUUUUCAGUUUCCUUUGGAAAUUGCUCAACGUAAGCUUUGGCUGUUUUCCUGCCUGCGUACAGGAGGUCUCUUAGGGUUGUCUGUCUAGGAGGAGGAGGCACGGGCGGGGCUGCCGAGAAACUCCACAGCUAAUCUGGGGUCUGUUGUCCUUCUCUCCCACGCCAGUGAGUGUUAGUGCCACAAUGAAAAUUCACCACAGCUUAAUAUCAAGUCAGGAGUGUAUUUCAGUCACCUAACAUAUCUAGCUUCCAGGUGGCACUUUAGAUUUACUGGGCUGUAGCUCUACUCUUCUCAAAAAUAGCUUUGAGAUAUAAUUUACAAAUAUUCAGUUUACCCCUUGGAAGUCUGUAAUUAGUGACUUUUUUUCUUUUUAGAAUCUUUCUAUCACCCAGAAAUCCUCUUUGCCUGCUACAGACUAAGGGGUGCCAGGGCAGAUGGGAACAUGGCUGCGUUAGGGUUUGGUUUUAAGCUCAGGUGCUGUGUGAAAAUGCACUGAAUGCUAAUCUCAUAUACCAUAAUGAUAAAUUCACCCAUGUGGGUUGGGAUUGAUAUUAACAUAAUCGAGUCUGCUAUGUAGGCAUGGUGAUGAGACAGAUGUAUAAUUUUAUAUUUUCUACAGCUAUGCAGAGAAUAGCAAAAAUUUUAAUUAACUCAAUAUAUCCAAAAUAGUUAUCAUUUCAGCAUAUAGUCAGUGUACCAAACUGUUCAGAUGCUCCUAGUCUUCCGUUUCACUGACAGGGAUUCGCCCCACUGUGCGUGCCAGUGGUACUUGCCCGAAAAGCAGUUCCAAAGUACAAGACUCUUGACUUGUCCUGCUUUGAGAAGAAGCAGACAAUUUCAUGGAGUUACUUUCUCAAGGAGAGAGCCUUCAGUGCUUGCUAAGAGAUCAAUUAGUAUUUACCAGAAGAAAAUUUUCCUUUGAAGAUAAUUUUUGAUAGGGUGGUGUUGGCCUGGUGGUGAGGUGGUUGGUUAUUUUCCAGAGCUUAUGGCUUAGGCUGCAUCAGAAAUGUGUUGGAAAUAUUUGCCCUAGUGCUAUGUUUAGUACAUAGUACCUACUUUAACAUACAAGAAAAAGACUUGUGACUCUUGAAUAAAAUGUGUUGAUAACUCAUUAACCCUUGAAGCUUAAAAUAGCAAAAAUGAGAACUGAACAUUCUACAGUUAUAAAAUGCUAGAGAUCAUAAAUGUUAGACAUCUCUUCAGUGCUCUUGAAGUUCUGUGUGGCGUCACGUGAUGUCCCACUUACUAGAACUGUGUCCUUCCCGUGUCUUUUUCUAAUGGGAGGACAUUUUACCGCCUCAGGCUGCAAACUCUAACUACAUACUUUAUGCCCAAACCCCCCCCCCCCCCCGAAUGCACAUGGGAGCUGUGGCUGCUCCUAGAUCACUGUGAUGUAUUGGAUUCCGUAGGUGCCUCCAAACCUCUGUGUUCAGUGUGUCUCUUGUUUAGCUUGGGAGAGACACUGGGAGGGUGGCCUGAGCAUAGAAGGACAUUAUAAUUUCGUUAUUACUAUGUUGCCUCUAAGACUUUAUCUUUAUAGUUAAGUGUGAAAAUCAUCUCUGGCAAUUCAAUGAAAGCUGUAUAAUACAUAGAUUUUAUUUUUAAGAAGUUUAUCAUUCUUUUAUGAUCUAGUAAAUUAUAUUAGGGCAUGAAUUAGUAUGAAAAUGUUUUUAAAUGGCCAUGAAAUGUAUCUGAAUAAAAAUUUCUAGACACUUUUAUAA